AUGGCUGGAGGGCGGAGGGAUAUGGAGGUUGAUGAAGUGGCAUCUGACGCGGUCCACAAAGGAAGGCACACGGAGACCAACGAGAAGAUGAAGCCUCGGCGGGAUUGGUCGCAAACUGCCGCCAUGCUGGUGACAGUAAUGGUAUUACUGACGUUCAGUUGCGCAGAGGGCGCCAUCUCCGUCGACGUAACCUGCACUCAACAGAUCUGUGAGGAACAGCUGAGUGAGACGGAAUGUCCCAAAGUCGCCGACGAGUGCCGCAACGGUUCCGGUGUCUUCAUGCCCUAUCCCGACGUCUGCAACUGCUGCGAAUACUGUUUCACCUACCUGAAGGAGGGCGAGGUAUGCACCGUGGGGAUGCCAGGGAGACCGCUGCCCACAGCCAUCUGCGGUCCAGGCCUCAGCUGCUACAGCGCGGACACCGCAGACGAAGACGCCGAGCCCGUCUGCAGAGCCAUGAACACGACCUGCACGCGCGACCAGAAGGCUUACGACAGUGACGAGGCGUCAGCGUCGCUGGGAAUCGCCGCUUGGAGGCCGCGAUGCGAGGGCGAUGGAUUCUACGCGCCUGCGCACUGUGUCCCCAACGGCGUUUGUUACUGCGUUGAGAAGUACUCCCGUGGGAGGAUAUUCGGUGAGAAGAUCUUCACUUCAACCCUUCGAAUGAUGGCCAUGUCCUGUGGGUGUUCGCGGAUGGCAUGGACAGCGGAGCAGCUGCUAAGCAGCGAACAGCUGCAGCGCGCGGGCUCUGCUCGGUGCCGGGAAGACGGCUCGUACGACCCGCUGCAGUGCGUAGCGGGCACCUGCUACUGUGUCAACACGACCACCGGUCAGCCCUUACCGGACAGCGCCACCGUCAACGUCAACAACCUCGUCGCCGAUUCGCUGCCUUGCUUCGACAAAGAUCGUCACAGGGAAGGCAGGUGGGAGACGGACUGCGAACGCGAGCGCCGGCUGGCCUUCCUGGAGGUGUCACAGCUGGCGACGGAGGGCGUGGUCGCAGUGGGGGUGGUGCCGCCUCUCUGCGACCCCGACGGCACCUACAGCCGGGUGCAGACGCGCGCUUCUCGGAAGGUCUGUGUUGAUGCCCAAGGCAAUCAAAUAGGCAACUACAGCAUCUCGAUGUCCAGUGAACUUGCUGUCAACAUGGACUGCAAUUGUGCACGCACGCGUCUCCUGCUGGAAGCAGAGGGGCGCCAGGACGGGCUGCCGAGAUGCUGCGCCUCUGGUGACUUUGUAGCAUGGCAGUGCUGGCGUGGCCGCUGCUACUGUGUGGAUGGGCAUGGUGCACAGAGUUCAUCAGAUGUACCAGCCUCAGAGCUGACUUCACUACCCUGCUGGGCCGAUGAUGACAAGAACGUUUGUGCGUCGGACGAUGGUGUCUACUCGCAGCAGGAUGAAGGAACUACAGAAACCCCUACAACACAGUCUGCAACAGGAUCUACAGCAGCUACAUAAGCAAUGACCCAACAAAAAGCAUAAGUAAUCUUUGAGUCAAAGUGAAUAACAUUGCUCAAGCAACCAGAUAAGGAGAUAACCAACUGACUUUAAUAAAUCAUCUGUGAUUAGUAGUUUCAUUCAGUUUAAUGAAUUAAUUUGUAGUGCUGAACUGGUUUCAGCCCCUUAUUGUUUGAACUCAUCUCAUUAACAGAUAUAAAAUAAUUUCAAGAGAAGGACUAGUGGGCAUACCUAAGAAAUGAAACCUCAGUGCAUUAUGUUGGCCAGAAAACUGUUCUUAAAAUAUUUCCCUAUUUAGAUUUGUUCCAUACUUUAUUAAUGGUGUUUUCAAAGGUAAUUAGCAGACAAAGAGCUAAUAGAAAGUUCUUGAAACAAAUUCAUGUAUCUAAUUUUAUAAAGAAAGCAAGAGUAUCAGUGCAAUGGAAAGCUUAUUGAAGUGAUUGGUUAUACUUAGUUUAAAGGCACUAUUCCAAGGCUAUUCCACCACUGUUUCAUAUAUUAGCAUUCCUACAGAGCUUGUAGAAAAAAUGUAAACAUGUAUCCAAAAUUGUACCUGUAUUUUCUAUAAAGCAGUGCAACUAAUACAUUAAUUUAUCACUAUUUGUUUUAUAUUUGUGUAAGUAUGUUAACAUAUACA